AUGACGAACUAUGAGAAUUUACUGAACUUGCCGCUCAAUUGCAAUGCAAAUGAAAAUAGCGGCGGUCUGGCAACACAGGAAAUUAUAAAGAUGUCGCAACGAGACUUUUCGGAGAAUGAGCCCGAAUGCACACCGGAGCUGCCGGCCGCCAACCGCGCACUAUUUCUGGAGAAGGUGCGCCAAUCGAACGCCGCCUGCCAGAGUGGCGACUUUGUCACUGCCGUCAUGCUUUAUACGGACGCGUUGCAGCUCGAUCCGGGCAACUAUAUACUCUACAGCAAUCGUUCAGCGGCACGCCUCAAGCAGGGUCAGUUCGCGCUCGCACUACAGGACGCCACAAAGGCACGCGAAUUGUGUCCGCAAUGGCCGAAGGCGUACUUUCGGCAAGGUGUCGCACUGCAGUGUCUUGGUCGUUAUGGUGAGGCGUUAGCUUCAUUUAGCGCUGGUCUGGCGCAAGAUACACAACACAAGCAGUUGCUGGCCGGAUUGAUGGAGGCGUCAGUGAAGAGUCCCCUGCGACAUGCGCUGGAGCCCACAUUUCAACAACUGCGCGCCAUGAAUCUAGACCAGUCACCAUUUGUGGUGAUAUCCGUGGUCGGACAGGAGCUGCUACAGGCUGGUCAAUAUCAUUCUGCAGUCACAGUGUUGGAAGCGGCUUUGCGUAUCGGUUCCUGUUCCCUGAAAUUACGAGGUUCUGUCUUCAGCGCCUUAAGUUCGGCGCAUUGGGCGCUUAAUCAGUUAGAUAAGGCCAUUGGUUAUAUGCAGCAGGACUUGGCAGUGGCUAAAAGUCUUGGCGAUACGGCGGGAGAAUGUCGCGCACAUGGUAAUCUUGGCUCGGCUUACUUCAGUCAAGGUUCAUAUAAGGAAGCGCUCACGGCACAUCGUUACCAACUUGUGCUCGCGAUGAAGUGUAAGGAUACGCAAGCCGCCGCUACAGCGCUCACUUCAUUAGGACAUGUUUACACGGCUAUUGGUGAUUACCCCAAUGCCUUGGCCAGCCACAAACAAUGCGUGCAACUGGUGAAGCAGAUCGGCGAUCGCUUGCAGGAGGCGCGUGAGAUCGGCAAUGUCGGCGCUGUUUACUUAGCAAUGGGUGAAUUCGAUUCGGCCGUUGAUUGUCAUACACAACAUUUACGGCUGGCGCGCAAGUUAGGCAAUCAAGUUGAAGAGGCGCGCGCUUACUCGAAUCUCGGCUCAAGUCAUCAUUACCGACGCAACUUCGCGCAAGCAAUCACUUUUCAUGAGCAAGUGUUGCGCAUCUCCAAGCAGCUGGGUGACCGUAAUAUUGAGGCGCGUGCAUAUGCUGGACUGGGACACGCGGCACGUUGCGCUGGUGACUGCGUGCAAGCGAAAAAAUGGCAUGAGAAGCAACUAGAAAUGGCGCUGGCUGCACGCGACAAAGUGGGUGAGGGUCGCGCUUGUUCCAAUUUAGGUAUUGUCUAUCAACUACUCGGCGAACACGAUGCCGCGCUUAAGUUACAUCAGGCCCAUCUAACUAUCGCGCGGCAGUUGCACGACCGCGCGGGUAUGGGUCGCGCUUAUGGCAAUAUUGGCAAUGCCUACUCAGCCGCUGGACUCUAUGAGGCGGCCAUCAAAUACCACAAGCAAGAAUUGACGAUCAGUAAGGAGGUGCACGAUCGGAGCGCUGAAGCAUCCACACAUGGUAAUCUCGCAGUUGCGUACCAGGCUUUGGGCGCGCACGAUAUGGCGCUUAUGCAUUACCGCGCUCAUUUGAAUAUCGCGCGAGAACUUAAGGACACGGCUGGUGAAGCCUGCGCUCUACUAAAUUUAGGCAAUUGCUUCAGCUCACGCCAAGAGUUUGCUCAGGCGGUGCCCUACUACGAACAGUAUUUGAUGCUCUCACAGGAACUGGGCGAUGUGGCAGCUGAGGGUAAAGCAUGUCACUUUCUGGGUUAUGUCCACUACUGCAUUGGUAAUUAUCGAGAGGCGGUGCGAUACUACGACCAAGACUUAGCAUUGGCGAAAGAUUUGCAGGACAAAAUAAAUAUGGGACGCGCUUACUGUAAUUUGGGUCUAGCGCAUUUGGCUUUGGGCAAUACGCAAGCUGCUCUGGAGUGUCAAAAGUAUUUUCUCGCUGUGGCGCAUAUGACAAAUCAUCUUCCAGGCAAGUUUCGUGCGCUCGGCAAUAUCGGUGACAUAUUAGUGCGUACAGCUGAGCAUGAGGAGGCAGUUAAAAUGUAUCAACGGCAACUUACACUUGCGCGACAUGCACGUGAACGACCGCUUGAGGCCGCAGCUUGCGGUGCGCUCGGCUUGGCACAUCGUCUUAUAAAGAAAUUCGAUAAAGCACUCGGCUAUCACACACAGGAACUGGCGCUAAGGCAGGAGAUGUCCGAUUUACCCGGCGAGUGUAAAGCGCAUGGUCACUUGGGCGCUGUUCACAUGGCUUUAGGGAACUACCAACACGCGGUCAAGUGUUAUCAGGAACAACUAGGACGUGCUCAAGAGCUGCAGGACUCCGGUAUCGAAGCUCAAUCUUUCGGCAAUCUGGGCAUCGCCAAACUUAACAUGGGUCUAUAUGAAGAUGCCAUCGGUUAUUUGGAACAACAAUUAGGCACCCUGGAACGCGUUAAUAUGCCAACUACACAGCAUGAUCGCGCGCGUGCACUUGGUCAUCUGGGCGAUUGCUAUGAUGCCUUGGGCGACUUUGAGGAAGGCAUUAAGUGUCAUGAACGUCAUUUACAACUUGCUACUGCGCUGCAAAGCUAUCGCGAUCAGGAACGCGCCUACCGUGGUCUGGGACAUAGCCAUCGCGCGCUUGGUAAUCUGCAAGAAGCACUCGUUUGUUUAGAGAAACGGCUGGUUGUGGCGCACGAACUCGGUAGUCCUGAAGUGAAAGCAGUUGCGUAUGGAGAUUUAGGAAAUAUACACUCGGCGCUAGGUAACUACGAACAAGCUGUCAACUGUUUGGAGCAUCAACAAGAAAUCGCGCGUGAGUUGGGCGAUCGCGCUUUAGUUUCAGAUGCCACUAGCGCCUUGGGUAAUGUCUAUCAACGUAUGAGCGAUGCCGACGGCGCAUUACGUUUGCAUAAAAUGGAUUUGGAAAUGUGUGAACACUUGGGCGCUGGUGCGUUACAAGCGCGCGCUUGUGGAAACUUGGGCGCAGUUUACGAAUCCAUACGCAGCUUUGUUGAUGCAGUGAAAUUUUACGAAAAACAAUUGGCGUUGACAGCAGAUAGGCUCAGCAAGGCAUAUGCUUGUGGUUCCCUCGGUCGCGUUUUUCAUCAAAUGGGUCAGCAUCCUCAAGCCAUUAAUUUUCUGCGACAAGGUCUGUCGAUCGCACAAUCGAUCAACAAAUCGGAAGAAGAGGCCAAAAUAAGAUAUCAACUUGGUCUUGCUCUACGCGCUUCCGAUGACAACGAAGACGCGCGCACACAAAUGGAAACCGCCGCACAGCUGCUGGAGUCUGUGCGAUAUGAUCAGCGCAGUCCUGAAGGUCGCACAAGUCUUUUCGAUCUGCAGACGUCUUGCUAUCACAUUCUACAACAAAUUCUUGUCGCAACUCAACGCAGUGAAGACGCAUUGGUAGCCGCAGAGCGCUGCAAAGCACGCACCAGCCCAGACACGAACAGUAUAUCUCGUAAAACAACCAUUACUUGCAGCGAAUCCAUCUAUGACAUUGUUAAUCGUACCAAGACCAACGUACUAUACUUUAGUUUAGCCGGCGAUGAACUCUAUGCUUGGUUUCUCCAACCACAGAAGGGAAUUGUGCGUUUCCACGUUGUACACAUUAAUGAGGAGACCCUUAAGAUAUCCAGUGAGAAACUUACAGAACACUCAAAGAAUACACAACAAAAAGGUAGUCUCCUGGAGCGCUAUAUUAACAUGGUGCGCGAUAAUUUGGGCGUAAACUCAGAUAGCGUUCUACUAGAAGGCGAUGGUAGUGGCUGGCGAUCGAGUUCCGAAAAUCUACUUGAUGAUUUUGCCAACGAACGAAGUGGUUUCCUGCGCAUGGUCAAUCGUAACCACUUGAUGAAUUCGUCCAACUACUCCUUAAGUUCGUUAUUCAGUUUGGGCUCUGUGGGUGGUUCAGUGGCAAGUCUGCAAGGCUCUACACGCUCCAUAGGUAGUCUACAGGGCUCUACACGCUCGCGACGUGCACCCACUUUGCCCGCUUGGCAGGGCCCCACUUGCUUACAUACACUCUAUAAUCUACUCUUGGAGCCAUUCGACGACUUGCUGCCAUCAGGUUGUUCAGUUUCACGACAAGGGCGAAAGGAGCUCAUUUUGGUGUUGGAAAAUGAACUUUACCUAGUGCCAUUCGCCAUAUUACGCAGCUCCAAGGAAGAUGGCGAAUACUUAUCAGAACGUUGUUCAAUAAUUACGAUACCCUCGUUGCAAUCGCUCCGUUUGAAGAGCAAAAUCCUACGCACACGUGAACUUACGGAAAAUCUAAGCACUGCCUUGGUAGUCGGCGGUCCUCGUAUACCUUCCGUACUGUCCGAAACGUGGGGUUGGUCGGAAUCACCUGCUUCGUUGCAAGAAGCCGCUAUGGUUGCUGAUAUGCUACAAGCAAAGGCCAUUGCGGGCUGCAAUGCCACCAAAGAAGCAGUUAUAUCUGAGCUACCAACCGCAGAAUGUGUACACUUUGCCGCUAACCUCAGCUGGAAGCUGGGAGCGGUAGUGUUAAGCCCAGGCGAUGUGGUGGAUUCGCAGACGCAGAAACGUUAUUAUCAAUCGACGACCGGUGCUGGCACACAGGAGGAGGAAACUAAUGAACUUUCUGGUGGCAAUAUAGAGUUGCCACAACUCUCAGACUUUAUACUGUCCGCUGCAGAUGUGCUCACCAUGAAACUCAACGCUAAAUUGGUUGUGUUGAGCUCCUAUCAUUCGAUUGAACCCAUUACUGGUGCAGGUGUUGCCAACUUGGCAGGUAGUUGGCUAUGUGCUGGUGCAGGAGCUGUACUUAUAUCUCUAUGGCCAGUACCCGAAACAGCUGCCAAAAUAUUAUUGCGCGCGUUUUACUCCGCGCUCUUACAAGGUGCACGCGCUGCUAGAGCUCUCGCCGAAGCCAUGCAGACAGUCCAGCACACUAAACAUUUUGCUCAUCCUGCCAACUGGGCUGGUUUCCUUCUAAUUGGUGGUAAUGUGCGUCUUUCCAAUAAAGUUGCCAUGAUGGGAAAUGCACUGUGUGAACUAAUGCGUACGCCCGAUAAAUGUCGCGAUGCUCUACGUGUCUGCUUACACCUAGUUGAAAAGAGCUUACAACGCAUACAUCGUGGUCAAAAGAAUGCAAUGUACACAACACAGAAAAGCAUUGAGAAUAAGGCAGGACCAGUAGGCGGUUGGAAAGAUCUUCUGAUGGCAGUAGGUUUUCGCUUUGAGCCUGCUGCUAAUGGCAUACCAUCAAGUGUUUUCUUUCCGCAAUCCGAUCCGGAAGAUCGUCUUUCACAAUGCUCCGCUAGCCUACAAGCCUUGUUGGCAUUGACGCCGCUCACUUUGCAAGCGUUGGCAAAGUUAGUCAAUAGCGCCGAUGUGGCGGAUGAUAUCAUUACACUUAUAAGAAAUGUUUUGGCACAAUUUCCGCCCAAAGGUGCCGCUGAAACGGAGGCCUGCAUAGAGAUACCCUUGAGUGUGCGCUUGUGGCGCGUGGCAGGUUGUCACGAACUUUUGGCAUCCAUUGGUUUCGAUCUAACAGAGGUCGGCCAGGACCAAGUAACAUUACGUACAGGCAAACAAGCGAACCGCCGCAACUGUCAAUUUGUACUGCAGGCUUUGUUGGCACUAUUUGACACUCAAGAGGCACCGAAAAGCUUGGGUUUGGACUCAUCCAGCAGCUGUGAAUCGCUCGCUGACGAAACACACGCCGAAUUACAAGUAUCUGUAUCCAAUCCAGCACUCGCGUUAACAUCAACACCUACAGCAACUACAUCCCACCUAUUGGCAGAUACCACCAAACCCUUGGGACUUGGUUUGCCAUUGCCACCACUUAAUCGCACACGCGUGAUUAGCAGCAGCGGCAGCGCAUUUAUAUCGUAUGUACGCCGUCGCGGUGAACCAGAUGGUGGACGUACUGACACUGAAUCUAUACCAAGCGCGCCAGACAGUGCUGGUUCAGCACUUUAUCCCACGCAGGAUUCUAGCUUGGCCAACACUACUGACAGCGAACUAUCAGAUGGUUACAUCUCGCAAGCGCAUAUUAAUAAAACCACAGGACCUCGUUUAGGUUAUUCCAGUUUACGUGCACCCGUACGCGUAUCACGUCCUGGUGGUGGUGGUGAAAGUGAUGCCGCAUUUACUCCCAGUCCUCCGGUGACUACACAAAAUCCAGUGGAGCAAAAUGUAUCCAUGGCGUUAGCACAUCAAACUCGUAUACGUAAUCUUUAUUCAAGCGCAGGUAUGAACUAUCUAGGUGAUAGUGUCAUUCCAGAAAUGAGUGUUGUGCCAAAUGGCAUUUCCCGACGUCCAGACAGCUCCAGUUCGGCUAGUUCCACCACCGACUGGGAAAUAUCGGGACAUGCAACGGUCUUACGACGUAACAAUCAACCACCUCCGCAUCCUGGACAUAUGCCUCCACUGCCACCACCUAGACCGCCGAUGUCACACUUCCGUCUUAAACCUAAAAUUAAACUGGGUAACGCACAGUCAUCGGUGGCUGCACGUCUCAGCAAAGAGCAUGCACUCUUCAUGGAUCGACUUAAUAUACGUACAGAAGCUCCUACAAAUAUGAAUGCGAACCACCAAGGUGCUUCUGGCACAGCCAGCGCACUUGCUGGUAGUCGCAAGCCUUUAAAUCUGCCCGAAGAAGACGAUAAUGCGCUUAUUGUAAACGCAUCGAAUCUAUACUUCUCUCAAGCCGAUACCGAGCUGCUAAACGAGGCAAAGAAGGACCUCAAAUCAACAGCCACAAAUGCUACAACGAAGAGUAUACAAGACUCAAUAAUGCGACAUAUGAAUCGCGAAACUCCCACCAUCUCGGAGGUAUACCAUGAACGUAAUCUUGGUCUAGGCCUAGCGCCACCACUCUCCAAAUUACUCCUAAGCAAGAACUACGACGAUGAGCCCAGUGUGAGUAGCAGCAGCAGCAAACUUAGCAAUACCUGUACCAUAAAGAGUAUUGUUGAUGCUGUCAGUGAGCUGGAACUCAGUGGUACCUCCUCCUCAUCAUCAGUGAGCACGGCUAACACGAAAACUAUGAAUAUACCACCACAUAGCACAGCCAAUAGCAUUAGCAACCCGACUAAUGUCAGCAGCAACUAGACUUGCUCCAUUUGUGGUGAACCCGCAGACAUCAUUUGUCGUUGCAAAGCGGCCACGGUACAAAAGAAAGGCACACUCAAACCCUGGCUAAGCAAUGUGCCUUCGAGUAUAGUGAAAGCCAGUGAACUGACCACCGCCGAUAUAUUGGAACGACAGCAUAAGAUCAAAAUGAAUGUCGGCACGAUCAAAACGAAAGCCGAGGUAGUCACAAAUAUGACUAUGACAAAUGUUAAACGCGCCAGCAGCCCCUUCAACGAGUUCUGCCGUCGGGAUGAGGGUGAUGGCAGAUCCGUAGCGGACUCACAAUGCAGCAGUACCUACAAAACGGCGGCGGCGGUGUUGGGUAAUAACGCUAAUGGAAAUGGUGGCACAGCGAGUAACAAGGAAGGCGCAAAAAGUGCUACUCAAACCGGAGGCAACGCUGUGCUGGGUAGAAAGAUGUGAAGAAUUAUGAACAAUACGGUCGGGUCUACGAAAACGAUGUUGUAUUUAUUUACGAAGUUCUUCAUAUAGCAAUUACAAAUAAUCGCACAUAUCGUACGUAUACAAAACACUAAGGUAUUGACUGGAACUGAGCUGAAAAUAAGCCGACAAUAUAUUACGUCGGAGAUUGUUGUCAUGCAGGAAGACAAACAAAUAAUGCUUAUUCAAGCUUGCAAACUAAAGUUUGAUUUGCAAAAUUUUAUAAACGAACUUUUCUUUCAAGAAUAAUUAAGUA